AUGCACCUGUCCCGCUGCGGGGCCUGGCUGGCAGGGUGGAGGCAGGUCAUUCCUUCCAGCCGUCCCACCCCGAGGGCCGAGGCCUCCUGCCCCAGCCUGCUGUGCACCUGCCCACAGGUGAUGAAGACCAUGGGCCUGAACAACGCGGUGCACUGGGUGGCCUGGUUCAUCACCGGCUUCGUGCAGCUGUCCAUCUCUGUGACGGCGCUCACGGCCAUCCUCAAGUACGGCCAGGUCCUCAUGCACAGCCACGUGCUCAUCAUCUGGCUCUUCUUGGCCGUCUAUGCCGUGGCCACCAUCAUGUUUUGCUUCCUGGUGUCUGUGCUGUACUCCAAGGCCAAGCUGGCCUCAGCCUGUGGCGGCAUCAUCUACUUUCUGAGCUACGUGCCCUACAUGUACGUGGCGAUCCGCGAGGAGGUGGCCCACGACAAGAUUACGGCCUUUGAAAAGUGCAUUGCGUCCCUGAUGUCCACAACAGCCUUCGGCCUGGGCUCCAAGUACUUUGCCCUGUACGAGGUGGCAGGCGUGGGCAUCCAGUGGCACACGUUCAGCCAGUCCCCUGUGGAAGGCGAUGACUUCAACUUGCUUCUGGCUGUCACCAUGCUGGUGGUGGACGCGGCUGUCUAUGGCGUGCUCACGUGGUACAUUGAGGCCGUGCACCCAGGCAUGUACGGGCUGCCCCGGCCCUGGUACUUCCCGCUGCAGAAGUCCUACUGGCUGGGCAGCGGGCGCGCAGAGGCCUGGGAGUGGAGCUGGCCGUGGGCACGCGCCCCCCGGCUCAGCGUCAUGGAGGAGGACCAGGCCUGUGCUAUGGAGAGCCGGCGCUUGGAGGAGAUGCGGGGCAUGGAGGAGGAGCCUACCCACCUGCCGCUGGUAGUUUGCGUGGACAAGCUCACCAAGGUCUACAAGAACGAUAAGAAGCUGGCUUUAAACAGGCUGAGCCUGAACCUCUACGAGAACCAGGUGGUGUCCUUCCUGGGACACAAUGGGGCUGGCAAGACAACUACCAUGUCGAUCCUCACUGGUUUGUUCCCGCCGACCUCGGGGUCGGCCACCAUCUACGGGCACGACAUCCGCACAGAGAUGGACGAGAUCCGCAAGAACCUGGGCAUGUGUCCGCAGCACAACGUGCUCUUUGAUCGGCUCACGGUGGAGGAGCACCUCUGGUUCUACUCGAGGCUCAAGAGCAUGGCCCAGGAGGAGAUCCGCAAGGAGAUGGACAAGAUGAUCGAGGACCUAGAGCUCUCCAAUAAGCGGCACUCGCUGGUGCAGACGCUGUCGGGUGGCAUGAAGCGCAAGCUCUCGGUGGCCAUUGCCUUUGUGGGCGGCUCCCGCGCCAUCAUCCUGGACGAGCCCACCGCAGGCGUGGACCCUUACGCACGCCGAGCCAUCUGGGACCUCAUCCUGAAGUACAAGCCGGGCCGCACCAUCCUGCUGUCCACUCACCACAUGGACGAGGCUGACGUGCUCGGGGACCGCAUCGCCAUCAUCUCGCACGGGAAGCUCAAGUGCUGUGGUUCCCCGCUCUUCCUCAAGGGCGCCUACGGGGACGGCUACCGGCUCACUCUGGUCAAGCGGCCUGCUGAGCCUGGGGACCCCCAAGAGCCAGGGCUGCCAGCCAGCCCCCCAGGCCGCACCCAGCUGAGCAGCUGCUCAGAACCCCAGGUCUCCCAGUUCAUCCGCAAGCACGUGGCUUCCUGCCUGCUGGUCUCGGACACUAGCACAGAGCUCUCCUACAUCCUGCCCAGCGAGGCCGCCAAGAAGGGGGCCUUCGAGCGUCUCUUCCAG